AUGCUGACAACCUGGGAACAAUUUGAUGAUUUCAUUACGGAAGGCUUCGGCACGACGCCUGUGGUGACGACUAUUCGCAAAGUCAAAGAGAUCCAAUACAACGGCAACUUCGAAGAGGUAGUGGAACGGUUUUCCAGUGUGCGGGGGGAAGGGGAACAAUUGCCAAAAGAGACUCUUAAAGACUUCUUCCUGUCAAGAUUCCCCUAUGACAUGGUAAAGAGGGUGCUGAAACAUGAAUUUGCCUCUGGGGUGGAGAUCCGGGAGCAGACGCUAGCCGAGAGGGCCCUUGUCGCAAACCGAUCAGCGACUUGGUACGAGUAUGCGACUGGAAAGUUCAGACAAGAAGUGAAGGGGCGUGACGAGCUGAUCAGAGAAGCCUGGGUAGUGAAUAGCAAACCCGCCAAUUCCCCUAUGACAUGCAAACAGGACAAGAGGCAGACGCACAAGGGCGCUGAUGAUGAGAAAGUGCAGGCAUUUGAGGGAUGGCACAGUGCGGAACUAAAGGGGCUGCCGGUAAGGGGUGGUGAAGUCGAAGCGCUUGUGGACACAGGUGUAGUGAAUACUCCCUACAAUCACGGCAGCAAUGCCGUGCUCGUUGUGAAGUGA